GGAGCCACGGGAGCCGCUACCGGUGUUCGCGGGUCGUCGUGAGCCGGGCCUGGCCGUCGGGGUGUGUCGCGAUGCCGGAGCUGGCGGUGCAGAAGGUGGUCGUCCACCCCCUGGUGCUGCUCAGUGUAGUGGAUCACUUCAAUCGGAUAGGCAAGGUUGGAAACCAGAAGCGUGUUGUUGGUGUGCUUUUGGGGUCAUGGCAAAAGAAAGUACUCGAUGUAUCAAACAGUUUUGCAGUCCCAUUCGAUGAAGAUGACAAAGAUGAUUCUGUCUGGUUUUUAGACCAUGAUUAUUUAGAAAACAUGUAUGGAAUGUUUAAGAAGGUCAAUGCUAGAGAAAGAAUAGUUGGAUGGUACCACACAGGCCCUAAACUACACAAGAAUGACAUUGCCAUCAAUGAACUCAUGAAAAGAUACUGCCCUAACUCAGUAUUGGUCAUCAUCGACGUGAAGCCCAAGGACUUGGGGCUGCCCACAGAAGCGUAUAUCUCAGUGGAAGAAGUUCAUGAUGAUGGAACUCCAACCUCAAAAACAUUUGAGCAUGUAACCAGUGAAAUUGGAGCGGAGGAAGCAGAGGAAGUUGGAGUGGAACACUUGUUACGAGACAUCAAAGACACCACCGUGGGCACGCUUUCCCAGCGAAUCACAAAUCAGGUCCAUGGUUUGAAGGGACUGAACUCCAAGCUCCUGGAUAUCAGGAGCUACCUGGAGAAAGUGGCCACGGGCAAGCUGCCCAUCAACCACCAGAUCAUCUACCAGCUGCAGGACGUCUUCAACCUACUGCCAGACGUCAGCCUGCAGGAGUUCGUCAAGGCCUUCUACCUGAAGACCAACGACCAGAUGGUGGUGGUGUACCUGGCCUCGCUGAUCCGGUCUGUGGUCGCCCUGCACAACCUCAUCAACAACAAGAUUGCCAACCGGGAUGCGGAGAAGAAAGAAGGGCAGGAAAAGGAAGAGAGCAAAAAGGAUAGGAAAGAUGACAAGGAGAAAGAUAAAGACAAGGAAAAGAGUGAUGUAAAGAAAGAAGAGAAAAAGGAGAAAAAAUGAAACCUGUAGCUUUUUUAAUUUGUAAAUUAAAAUCUUAUAAACGAAAUCAGUGUGCCACUAGAGGGUUGUUUUCACUUAAGUGCUUGCUAACGAGCGGUAUUGAUGCGAGCUCUCUGCCUGGGUCACUGGCUGUGGCAUUGCGUGGCAGGGGAUGGAGAGGGGGAACCUAAACUGCAGUUUAGCCCGUAGGAGCUGGUGGUAUGUCUGACUGUUGGCCUCAAGCUGGUUUGAGAAACCUGAGGCGUACGUGUAAAACUUGGUUCUCCUCAUUCAAACCAGGGAAUUGAGUCCUCCCCAUCCUGAAUGGAGUCCGUUUCUGGCAGUUUGCAGAGUUGCUACCGGAAUGCGUGAAUUCCAUAAGUGCGCUGCCUCGUAACACCUUGAGUUGUGCCCAGCGCGUAGAGAAUACUGCGCCACGGGACUCAGCCCGUCUCUCUGGCGUUCUUGGGGCUUGGGAUCCAGCUCCAUGUAUUGUUUACCUUCAAAAACGCAAUUAAAUGACUUGGUUUUUUAA